GUGAAGUCUGAGAUGGGAUUCAACGUCGUUGAGAUUGAACCGGCGAUCGACGAGAAACAGGCAGAAAACUACAAGACCAUAGAGGAGAUCCUGUCCCGCCUCACGAAACUGUGCGUCAACGAGACACCCUCUGGUGUGAAGCCGCGGAAACACGAGCAGCGUCUGCUGCGUAACCUCGGUGCCCACCAGGUGGUGCUGGAUCUGCUGCAGAUACCUUACCAGAAGAAGGAUGACGUGAGGAUGGAGGGACUCAUGACGAUGGCUCACGGAUUCCUGCAGAGCGUCUGCCUCAGUAACCAUGCCAACCAAGCGCUGCUGCACUCGUCGCUUGACAUGUUCCUCGACAAAGGGUUCAACAAUGCGAAGACGGUGCGCGCCAUCUAUCAGGACAACACGAAACUAUGCAGCGACGUAUCAGAGAGAGUGAUCCAGCACUUCGUGCGCUGCAUCGAAACACACGAAUGUCACGUCGAAUACUUGAGGUUCCUGCAGACGGUCGUGAAGGCGGAGGGAUCGUACAUACGCAAGUGUCAGGACAUGGUUAUGCAAGAGGUGUGA